CCAGAAAUCCGUUAGUCAACACUUUAUGUCUCAGUCUGGGUGAGCUCCUCAGUGUGAGAGACAGGACCCACACUUGAUCACACCCACUAGCUGUCCUCCGUCUCGGAUCCAUUGGGAUACACACUGAUAGACCACACUCACUCAGAUUUAGAUAUCUGUAGUCACUCAGGGGGGUGGGAGGGGGGUCUGCUGGCUUACAGACCAAGCUUGAAUUAUGAUGAAUUGGUUGAAGAAUAUAGUGCCGUUGAAAACCAGGGCGUACAUUAAGGACUACUGCAAGAGGAACGGCCUGCUGACACUCUCCGUUUUUGCUGUGGUGAUGGGCUGUGGGCUCGGAUUUGUCCUCAGGUCCCUCAACCUCUCGACACAGGCUAAGAUCUACUUCUCCUUCCCUGGAGAGCUGCUGAUGAGGAUGUUAAAGAUGUUGAUUCUGCCGCUCAUCACCUCCAGUCUCAUGUCCGGCCUGUCAGCCAUGGACACGAGGGCAAGCGGUCGGCUGGGAGUCCUGACCAUCACCUACUACCUGUGGACCACCUUCAUCGCCGUCAUCGUCGGCAUCGUGCUGGUGCUCAUCAUUCACCCAGGGACGGGCUCAGAGAAGGAAGGCCACCAUGCAAGUUCAGGGCCUGUUAUGACCUCCGCUGAUGCUCUGCUGGACCUCAUCAGGAACAUGAUCCCGUCAAAUCUGAUUGAAGCAACCUUUCAGCAGUACCGAACAGACCUGGUCCCGAUUAUACAGAACGCUGAUGUAAAAGACUCCCAGGCCAACUAUGUGUAUAUCAUGCCCGACUACCACAACCCUCAACUGGGCCACCCAGUCUUCCUGGAGAUCACCCCUGCUCCUGACGUCAAGUAUAAAAUCGUCCCCAGCACCAGCAAGGGCAUGAACGUACUGGGGAUUGUCAUCUUCUCCGCCACAAUGGGUCUGCUGCUGGGGAAGAUGGGAGAACGCGGGGCGCCAUUAGUAAACGUGUGCCAGUGCGUCAACGAGUGCGUCAUGAAGAUUAUUAACGCUGCCAUGUGGUACUUCCCCUUUGGAAUUGUGUUCCUGGUGGCAGGGAAGAUCCUGGACAUGCACGACCCGGCCCACCUGGGAGAGAAGCUGGGCAUGUACUUCAUCACGGUCCUGUCUGGUUUGUUUGUGCAUGGCCUCAUCCUGCUGCCUCUCUUCUACUUCUUCUUCACUCGCAAAAACCCCUUCACCUACAUCAGAGGGCUGCUGCAGGCUCUUGUCAUUGCACUGGCCACAUCAUCCAGCUCAGCCACAUUGCCCAUCACUAUGAAGUGUCUCUUGGAGAACUGUGGAGUGGACAGGAAGAUCGCUCGCUUUGUGCUGCCAGUGGGAGCUACCAUCAACAUGGAUGGAACUGCUCUGUACGAGGCGGUGGCGGCCAUCUUCAUCGCUCAGGUCAAUGAGUAUGAAUUGGACUUCGGCCAGCUGGUCACUAUUAGUAUAACGGCCACAGCAGCCAGCAUUGGGGCAGCUGGGAUACCUCAGGCGGGUCUGGUUACUAUGGUGAUUGUUCUGACCUCUGUGGGGUUGCCGCCUGCUGACAUCUCACUGAUUGUGGCCAUCGACUGGGUUCUUGACCGGUUCCGGACGAUGAUCAACGUUCUUGGUGAUGCCUUAGCUGCUGGGAUUAUGGCUCAUUUAUGUCAAAAGGACUUUGAGAGACCAGCCUCUAACGGUCCAACUCCUACCCCUUCUAAUGCAGAAAACGGAGGUGGCCCCAAUCGGAGGGAUACAGUGAUCUCCUUUGGAAAUCAGAGUGUGGCAAUGUCUGAUGCUCCUCUGAUCACACACCGCUGCGAUUAUGUGUAUGAGGUGGAUGGAGACAACGUGCUGGAGAAACCUGUGGCAUGCUACAACCUCUGCCAAGUAUGAGACACUUCUACAGGACAGAGAGCAAGGGAUACUGCCUUCUACAGCACAUAUAUUCACCUUUUUGGAUCAAAGGGACCGUCAUCUGAGGCCACAACUAAUCCAGU